AUGACAGUAAACACUGAAAUAACCGAAUUGAUAAAUAAAAAUAAGAGAAACAAACUAUUUACAGAUAGAAAGAACAUAUCUAAACUAGCUAAAAGCAUGUUAAACACUACAUCUGUUUACACAGCAAUAUAUGUGUUAUCAAUAAUAGAAGAUGCAAAUAGAGAUUACACUAAUGAAGAUAUUGAUCAAAUAUUUAAGACUAUCGAAUAA